AUGUCUUGUGAGGGCCGUGAGACCUGGUUUUGGUUCAAUAUCUUUGUGAUGUCAUGGACAGUUUGGGAAAGCUAUCACGCUGUAGAGACUGGGCUUGGAUGGGAUUAUGAAAAAGAUACAGUCGUGGCUAGUGACGAUCAGUGGGCUAAUUACUUGCAGGUCAAUACAGAUGCAACAAAGUUUCAUGAGAAGGGAAUUGAACACUCUUACCAAUUAACAGCUCUAUUUAAAGAUGAGAUAGCAACAGGUAAUUCGGCUUAUGAACCUUCACAAGGAACUUUACCAGAAGAUAAUGCUGGACCUUGUCGAAUUGAGCAAGAUACACAGGAUACUCAAGAAGAGAUGGACGUAGAUACUAUAUUUCAUAAUGAAGAAGAACAUAGGGAAUGUGAUAAUAAUCAAGAAACUGGUGGUGUUAGGGAGAAUGAUGCAUGCAUGGAUUCAGACAAUAAUUUUCAAUAUGAUGACGAAUUUGAUGAAAUGGUGGCGGAUGCAUUGUUGGGUGUUGCAGUUUGUGUUUCGACUAAUUACCAUACCACCUAUAUUGUGAAAGAAUCAUGUUGCAUUGGUGCAAUUGAUGGAACGCAAAUUAAUGUAGUGACUCUAGUCGAUCAACAACUUGCAUAUCGUGAACGUAAAGGAGAUUGCACACAAAAUGUGAUCGCUGCUUGCUCAUUUGAUUUGAAAUUCACAUUUGUUUGGGCUAGAUGGGAGGGAUCGACUCAUGAUUCUCGUAUACUUAACGAAGCUCUUAGUAGGCCAAAUUUGAACUUUCCCAAACCUCCAAGUGGUAAAUAUUAUGUUGUUGAUGUUGGGUAUGCUAACAUGCCAGGAUAUUUAGCACCAUAUAAAGGAAAGGCUCGAUGGACAAUUUUAAAACAUAUGGCUCCUUUUCCAUUCCCAACACAAAGGUUAAUUGUGAUUACAUCAAUGGCAUUACACAAUUAUAUAAGACAAGAAGCAAUAGCGGAUGCCGAAUUUCAACGAUACGAUGAUGAUGAAGGUUAUGCCAGCGACAACGAUGAUAUGUACACGCAUGCUACUUUAUCGGAAUCUAGUGGAAUGGUGGACCAACAACAAGAGAUGGGCAUUAUACGUGAUGGGAUUGCUAAUUCAAUAUGGUAA